CUCGUCUUCACGAAGCUCCUUCGCGCUGCCUGCCAGCUCCAUCCUGCGCCCUGCUGAUCUGUCUGUCCAAUCGCUUCGGCCCGACGACACUCCGUGACCUGGGCUUGUUGCCUCCAGCACCUUGAACUCAAGUUGCUGGGCCCUGACCAUCACGCUAACGCCGCCAACUGCUGGCAGCCCACGGUGCCUCGCAAAGCUUCGCAUCUUACCGCAUCAAUCGGCGUCGACAAGGCAGCGGAGGGGCAAGAUAACGGCCGCGCGGGCGCGAUCGUAACUCUGUCUCCAGCAUUGCAAGUGCCCGUUCGCCAAUCAUACGCAUCGAGUGCAAUCGCAAUCUCCCGUCAACGGUGGCUUAUGGAUUCGCCCAAGCAUCACGCAUCUCAACCCCCUCCUACCUUUGUCAUCGACGGCACCGACGACUUUUCAUCGUCGACUGGCGACCCAUCCCUCCCCGCAUCCGGGCCAGGCUUUCUCUCCCCAUCCGUCGCCAUGCCUGGCGAGGCAGACACCUUGGAUUCGUCUCAGGGGCCACCCGCCCCGAACCCCUUCAAUUUCCAGACACAAGUCAUUUCAACCUCUCCUGUCAAGUCGAACAUCGGGCAGCGCCGUGGCCACAGAUACAAGCAUAGUAGCAUCUCGGCGCAGCACCAAAUCUUCCAGGAGCCACCUCCGAGACCACCCCCAGUACUCCCCGCGUCACUUCCCAUACCAACAAUCGCUGAAGCAUGGAAGAGCACGCAGAGAGACCAGCGGACGCGGCUCUACUGGAGCUUGUGUCACCUCGCAGUCGCUGUCUUCGUGUUUUUCAAGUCUGAGGGCUCGCUCGCUGCCAUGGCUUUGUCUCACUUGGUUUUCUUUGACGCUGGCAGCGCCGCUGUUUGCGCCGCGGUUGAGGUGCUUGGGAAUUUCGAGGUCUGGCGACGAAGCAGUAUCAGACAUCCCUUUGGCCUCGAAAGGGCCGAGGUCCUUGCCGGCUUUGCCCUGUCCAUCUUUCUCCUUUUCGGCGGCUUUGACCUCGUCUCUCACAACCUCAAGCACUUUCUUGAGUCUCUAGGAAGCCACGAGGCACACCACGAGCAUGCGCACGAGCAUGUCUCUGCCGGUAGUGUUGACCUAGUUGCGGGAGUCGCCAUCGUCAGCACCCUCAUCUCGGCCUAUGGUUUGAAGAAUCACGCACGGAUCGCAAAGGUCAUGAGGGUCUCAUACCUUGCGGCCAUGCCGAGCGUGCUCUCCAACCCGUUCCAUUUUCUCACCCUCUUCUUCUCGGCGUUGAUAGCCUUACUUCCACUGUUCUCCAUCUCACUAUACACGUGGCUGGACAGGCUGAUUUGCGCAAUCAUUGCCCUGGCCAUGUUCGGCCUUGGGAUGAGAGUCGCAAUAGCCCAGGGCUUAAUGCUUCUCAUGUCCUAUGGCGGCAGCAACGGAAGCUCUGGGGUCUCGGCUGUCUUGCGUGAGAUCGAGUCCGAGACCGCUAUUUCCCGGGUUGAGGACGCACAGUUCUGGCAGGUCCAUUAUGGCCUUUGCAUGGCCAACUUGCGGCUUAGCAUUGCGAAGGGGUACGACGAAACGUCUCUGACUAAAUUACGGAGCCGCAUCUCGGCCCUGAUUCAGAAUCGUCUUGGUGAGGGCUAUGGUACGGGAGGCUUUAUUCGGUGGGAGGUGACUUUGCAGAUGCGUACAGACGCUGCUACAUAGGAUGACUAUCCCCUGUCUAGAUGCGGACCGGUUGGCAUGACGGUCUGGAAAAGGCCUGUGGCCUGAGUAGUUCAUAUCACAUGUGUAUUGAACAGCGGUCCGAGAACACAGACGAAGCUACUCUGUUAAUUCGCGUGUACAUGGCUGAUGGUCUUGAGUAUACUUCUUUUUUGAGUAGGGUAUCCUUUUGAAAUCAUUGUAGCC